GUCGUCUGCGCGUUCUGUGGACACACGACGCACUACACACUCGCUAACCGCACCAGCCUCACGUUUGGCUGUCAAGCUCUACUCCGUUCUGCAAUUGUCGAGUUGCACCCUAUAAAUCUCCAAUGCCAGUAUUUCCGUCCAAGCUGUCUCCUAACGGCGUCAAGUGUUUGCCGCUGUUUCUUCGUGGCACCGUAGUGAAAGGGUUCGGCCGAGGCAGCAAGCAGUUGGGUAUACCCACCGCCAACUUCUCGCAAGAGCUGGUCUCGAAAAUUCCUGCGGAACUGGAUUGUGGAGUCUACUACGGUUGGGCUUCUGUCAAUGAUGGCCCUGUCAACAAGAUGGUGAUGAGCGUUGGCUGGAACCCAUACUACAAGAACGAGAAAAAGUCUGUGGAAACUCACAUCAUGCACAAGUUUGACCAAGACUUCUAUGGGGCAAUGCUCAAGGUUGUAGUGCUGGGCUAUCUGAGGCCUGAAAAGAACUUCGGCUCUCUAGAUGAGCUAGUUUCAGCGAUCAAAGCAGACAUGCAGAACGCCGAUGAAAGUCUCAACCGUGAAGAGUGGCGGCUGUUCAAGAAUCACAGGUUUUUCACAGAGAACAUUGCAAAUGGCACCGAGAUCGUGCGCCAAGAGACGUGAUCCUGGAAUUUUUAGAGCAAUUUUACAAUUGUCCCCACCACUAUUUUGUAUGUUCCUUACUGUGACAUACGCUAACUUAUUUCUACCAUUUCUGUUCCAUCACCUUUCCAAACUGAAGCACAUUCCUUGUCCCAGGUGUAGAAAAUUUAUGAAGAUGCAUUUGUUGCAGAGGAGAGUGGUUUAAUUUCGCGUGAUUCUUCAAGCAUGGCCUCGUGAAGGAAUUUUGCUCAAGGAGGCACACUAAUGGAAGGCUUAUGGCAGCCUUGCAAUUAAUCACCAUCUUUUUGUGUCCAUUACCUCCACAAAAACUAAAUUAUUUGUAUCAUUCUCUUUCAUUAUUUGUCCAAAUUAGAAGCUCAUUUCCAGUACCCCGGUGUAGCGCAUUUGCAAGAAGUUUUCUUCUUUGAGCAAGACAUCUUCAGCUUUAGUAUUUCUUUCUUUUGAGGGUGAUUAUUUAAAACAGUAUUUUGCACCUAGAUUAGAUGUGUUAGCACAUCUUUUUUACAAACAAUGGUGUUAACUUGUUUCAUAUUGAAAGAAACAGUUGAAAGUGUAUUAAUAUUGUCAUCUAUUUUUUUUAUGUACCACUGUUGUCACAGUCAACAAAAUGUGAGAGAAAAUGAUUUUGCAGAAUUUAACUGAACGAAAGAACUGUAAUUUCCAUGUUGUGAAGGAACUUGCAAUGCAAUUAAGAAACAAGUGUAGUUUGCCGGUGUGUUUCUGUUAAACGUCUUACCAUAAACGUCUGUAGCUCAUCGCCGGCAUGAUCUAACUCGUGAUGAGGCUUCAUGUGCACUGAGGAAACAGUGAACCAUUGAGAUUUUGUAAAACAUUGGACAAGGGUCCAAUGCCAUUGCAAAUACCUUAGAAAAGGCAAAAUCAGAAAUGUUCAUCACCUGCAGUGCACUUUUAUUUCAUGUUUACUCAAGAUAUUGAAGUUAGUGGAAGCAUUCCUUCUUCAUGCUGUAAAGGAUCACAUUAAAAAAAAAUGCAAAACUACAAAUUUUCAUUGUUUAUUUAUGGUGUCAUUGUUGACAUGCGAGUACUGUAAUGUAAAUCUGCCAUGCUUUCCAAUUUUGAAAUCAUGACAUUGUAACUUGAGGUAGCUAUAGACAUUUUGCAAUGAGCUGUGUGAUACUUUCUAUGCCCUGAAUUGAUAGAGCUUUCUUUCCUUUUUAUCUUUGCUUUCUAAAAUAUUGCAAGGGUGAUUGGAUAUUCAUAAUAGAGGGCAUUUUUCCUGCAGUGGACUUAUAUAGGCUGAUUGUGAUUGUAUGGUGUUCCAGUUUGCAUGAGAAACCUUGCAGAACUAAAGAUGAUGCUUCAUUGUUGAGGCUACAUAGCAAAACAGGUUGGUUUAGCAUAAGCAAGCUAGCCUACUGGGCAAGCCUCAUCACUGAAAAAAUGCUUCUCUCUUAGUAUAUCCUUGCACUUAAAGUUACUUGAAGUCACCAUUAGACUUGUACAGUAGAAGCCUGCUAGCACAUUCUUUACUGAUAGGUUCUUAUGGUUAUGAUCUUGCUGAUGCCUAUAAGUAUAGCAGCAUGCUUACAUAGUGUUAUCUGGGUGCUAUUGCCUGUGAAAAGCAUGUUAGAGAGGUUCUACUGCAGUUGCUAUGCUAUAUUUUUCCUUUUAUGGAGCGUGUAGUGGGAACAAGGUGUUGGCUGGCUUUUUCAAGCACGUGUGUUAAAUUUAUUACUAAUUUAUUCAUUUUUGGCAGAAUCGGUUUGCUUUAAAUGUUAGUGUGAUGUUUAAAGCAGUCGUGUUGGGUUUAUCGUAUUUGCUUAAUGCUGGUCUAUGUUGUAUUGUCUUGGAGGUGCAGGCUUGAGAUUUUGAUGCCUUGUUGGCCUUACGUAGCACGUAAACUCAUUUUCCUCACAACUCCAGCACCACCAUUACCAGCGGACAGCACAGUUGUGAAACGUAACAUGCUUUAUUGGAUGUGAAAUUUCUCACAUGCUUGUUUUAGUUAUCAUGCAUUGAAAGCCUCAUCUUGGUGCAUUUACAAAGAGAUCUGACCUAUUGUGUAGCUUUUGUGUACACAUCUGUUCGAAUGCUCCCUUAUUUUAAUAAAGGAGUUAUGGUAACAUGCCUUGUCA